AUGAAAUCAAUCCACCUCCUAUCCCUCCCCAUCCUCACCCUCACCCUCCUCGCUCUCCUCCCCCUCCCCCUCGCCACCUCCGACUACACCAACGCCCUCGCCUGCGCCCGCCGCAACCCCUCCAUCAACGCCGCCAUCUCAAAACUCUGCACCCGGCGCGACAAAGCCGGCAACCUCUUCAACAAAAUCGUCGUCCCCUCGCCCUACACCUCCCAAGGCGCGACGGUCGAUGGGGUCAGAGUGAGAAUCACGGGCACGUGCAGUCCGCCGCAGUGGGUGCCGCUGCAGUAUUGUGGGGCGCAGUUUCAUGGGAUUUGUGCGGGUGGGGGGAGUGUGGGGAGGUUUGGACGGAGCGGGUGUCAGGUUUGGAGGAUUGAGAGGGUUGAUGGGGGACGGGUGGCGGGUUUGGUUGGGGAGGUUGUGGAGGGGAUGGGGAGGGUUAGGGAGGGGGGGGGGAAUUUGGUGGGGGCGGUUAGGGGUGGGUGA